AUGGAAAAUAAUAACGAAACAUCUACUGAUUUCUUCUUAGUGGGAUUGUUCCCACGAUCAGGAAUUGGCCUGUUGUUCUUCAUAUUCAUUGUUCUCAUUUUCCUAAUGGCUCUUUUCGGCAACCUGUUCAUGAUCAUCCUCAUCUUCCUGGACACCCAUUUCCACACACCCAUGUACUUUCUACUUAGCCAGCUCUCCCUCAUGGACUUGAGCUACAUCUCCACCAUUUUCCCCAAGAUGGCUUCCGAUUAUCUCUUUGGAAACAAGUUUAUUUCUUUCAUUGGGUGUGGCAUUCAGAGUUUCUUCUUCAUUACUGUAGCUGGUGCAGAAGGCUUACUGUUGGCCUCUAUGGCUUAUGAUCGAUAUGUGGCUAUUUGCUUUCCUCUUCACUAUGCCAUUCAUAUGAGAAAAAGCGUAGGUGUGCUGAUGAUAACAGGAUCUUGGAUAAUGAGCUCUAUCAACUCCUGUGCCCACACUGUGUAUGUCCUUCAUAUCCCUUAUUGUCGAUCUAGGUCCAUCAACCAUUUCUUCUGUGAUGUCCUAGCUAUGUUGACUCUGGCCUGCAUGGACACCUGGGUCUAUGAGUACACAGUAUUUAUGAGCACCACUCUCUUCCUUGUGUUUCCUUUCAUUGGCAUUGCAUAUUCCUAUGGCCGGAUUCUUCAUGCCAUCUGCCGCAUGCACUCAACAGAAGGGAGGAAGAAGGCCUAUUUGACCUGUAGCACACACCUCACAGUGGUGGCUUUAUACUAUGUACCCUUUGCUUACACUUAUCUACGCUCAAAAUUGCUGAGAUCUCCAACAGAGGACAAGAUUCUGGCUGUCUUCUACACUCUUCUGACCCCAAUGCUUAACCCCAUCAUUUAUAGCCUGAGAAACAAGGAGGUGAUAGGAGGCUUGAGAAGAGUGAUUCAGAGGAUCUGCUCGGUUUAA